GCUGUGUGAACGAGUUUGUUGUUAUUUGAUUAUUUAGAAUUCUGGCAUAGUAAUUAUGAAGACAAUAGAAGAUUUUGAAAAAGAAAUAAAAGGUGUUGAUAAAGAGCUUUUAAAAGUAGACGCUGAGUUAGCGAAAUGGAAAAAUGUACAGCGGCAAUUACACGAAAAGAAAGUGUCUUUGAAAAAAUCUAUAAACAAAUUGAAAUCAGACUCAUUAGCCAGCGUCGAUUGGGGUGGGAAUACUUAUGAAUGGUCAGAGGAUGUUAAGAGUACGCUUAAGAAUAUUUUCAAGAUAGAUUCCUUUAGACCAAAGCAGUUAAGUGCAAUUAAUUCGACGUUAAGCGGCCAACAUGCGCUCGUAGUCAUGCCGACAGGUGCCGGCAAGAGCCUCUGUUACCAGCUGCCCGCGGUAGUCAAACCCGGCAUAACUGUUGUCAUAUCACCCCUUGUGUCACUAAUGGAAGACCAGGUUAGGUCACUAACCAACAAAAACAUUCCCGCAAUGCUUAUGACAAGUACCAGCGCCAAAGAAGACACUAACACUGCAUUGAAUGCAUUGAAAGACAAAAAUACGAACAUAAAGCUUCUUUAUGUCACACCAGAAAGACUAGCAAAAAGUAAACGAUUUAUGGCUAACCUACAGAAGUGUCACGCUGAUGGUAGAUUACAAAGAAUUGCUAUUGACGAGGUUCACUGUUGUUCGCAAUGGGGCCACGAUUUCAGACCAGACUACAAAUACCUAGGUAUAUUAUCUAAUAUGUUUCAAAAUGUCCCAAUACUUGGUUUAACAGCAACAGCCACAGCUCAUGUUUUAAAUGAUGUACAAAAGAUACUUAAUAUAUCUGGCUGCUUAGUAAUUAAGUCUACAUUUAAUAGACCCAAUCUGUACUACAAAAUAAUCGAAAAGCCUACAUCACAAGAAGAUUGUUUAACCAUACUUGAGAAGCUAUUAAAGUACAGAUAUAAAGGUGAGAGUGGUAUAAUUUACACUAACAGUAUAAAGGAUUCGGAAGAUCUAGCUGAUGGUUUAAGGAAAAGAGGCCUCAGAGUUGGUUGUUACCAUGCAAAUAUGGAAGCUAAUUCUAGAUCAAAGGUUCAUUUAAAAUGGCAUGAAAAAUCCUUUCAAGCAAUAGUUGCAACAGUUGCAUUUGGGAUGGGGAUUGAUAAGCCAGACGUGAGAUUUGUUAUUCAUCAUACAAUCAGUAAAUCAAUGGAGAACUACUAUCAAGAAAGCGGAAGAGCUGGUAGAGAUAGCUGUAGAGCGGAAUGCGUAACUUUAUAUCGAAUGCAAGAUAUAUUCAAAGUAAGCUCAAUGGUUUUUUCCUCUGUUGGGAGACUAGACCAUUUGUAUGGUAUGGUAAAGUACUGUUUAAAUGGAACUUUCUGUAGAAGACAACAAAUAGCUGAGCAUUUUGAUGAAGAUUGGGGGGAUGCAGACUGUAACAAAAUGUGUGAUGUCUGUUCAAAUCCCAAUACUUCCUGUAGAGAAAUAAGUUUAGAACUCCACUGUAAAACUAUAUCAAGUAUAUUGGAGAAUGCUGAGAAACAGGAUACUAAAUUAACAGCUCAAAAGCUGCUCGAUGCUUGGUUCCUUAAAGGUCCGGUUAUUCUUAGGCAUAAGGGUAAGGAACCAAACUUUUCUAGAUCAAUAGGUGAAGAUGUGAUUACUUUCUUGCUGGUCCAAGGAUAUUUAAUUGAAGACUUCCAUUUUACUGCCUAUUCCACAAUAUCUUACAUAAAAAAAGGUCCCAAUAUGGAUUCAAUUGGUGAUGUUAAUUUUGUUUUAAAAAUGGAAUUGAGAAAAUUUACACAAUUUCAUUUGGACAGUCCAGCACCGAAAGAUGAUGAAAUAGUUAUAAAUACAAUGAAUGGUCAAUGUGAACAGGGGAAAAAAACCAAUAAAAGAAAGUCUACUGUUGAGAAGAAUUCAAAAAAGACUAAGACUAUUGUUAUUGAUGAUGAUAAUGAUGAUUAACUGUUCAUUUGUUUCAUCAUCAUCAUCAUAGCCUAAAACAGUCUGCUGGACUAAAUGCCCUCUCCAACGGAAGGGUUUGCCCAUAAUCACCACAGUGGACAGUUUUGGUGACCGCAGUAGAUGGUAGUAGUUGCACAGAGGACCCUGCUGCCCAAUCUUAGUUAUAUCCUACGACAGCUGCAGGAAGAGGAGGGGUUGUGACAACUGUAUUCUGAUCUGCCAUCACCAUGAGGCACAUGAAAUAAACAUGUGUGUUAAUUUGAGAAAUUGAAGGAUUCAACUGCUUUGAAUGUUAUUUAUUAAAUAAUUGUACACCUUGUAUAAGAGUAACCUGA